AUGGAAAAAAGCAGCAGGCUGCACGGGCUCGAACUGCCCGCGUCAAUCGAAUUUGACAACUACGAGGGGGGGGUCAAAAUGACGAAAAGGUUAAGCAUAAAGAACACUACGAAAAAGUUAAUACGGUUUAGGUUCCUCUUCCAAAGUAGCGUAUAUUUUACUUACCCUCUGCAGGAGGUAGAAAGCAUCAGUGCGGGGUUAAACAAAAGUUACCCCAUAAUAUUCUUCAACCCUGUAAACGACUUCCAAACUGUGAGUGAAACGUUAAGUAUAGUGAUCGAAGACAAACAGAGGGACAAGAGAAUAGAGGUUCAGCUGAGAGCUACUCCUCUCAAAUGCGACGUCAUCCUACCCUCAGUGUUGCACUUUAAGGAUAUGGUAAUUAAGCAAAAGGGGAAAGAAGAACUAGUGAUAAAAAACCAAGGUGCACUAAAUGCAGUGGUCAAAUUGACACACAAAUACACAUCGAAGGAGAAAAAAGGAAAAAUUAAAUUGGAACCUUCGCAGUUUGUUUUAAAGGCUAACCAAAAACAAAAUGUGCAAAUUAUACUAUAUUCAGAUUUGCCUCAAAAAUUUCAAGAGUGGUUAUCUUGCUCUAUCAUUGAAGUGCCAAAGGAUCUGGAAGGAAAAAUAUUUCCACAAGGUCCUAAGGUGACAAAUGUAACUUCGAACAAUCCAUGUGAAGACAGUGCAGAGAAAGGGGUGAAUGACAUCAUCCAAAUGAUCAACCAGGAAGAUGUGCAAGUGCGUUUAAUAAAAAAAAGAAUCCAGUUAAACUGGGUUGCCGUGUUGCCCCAAAUUAUCAUUCUUUCUGAUCAAGACAAGCAGAUCUUUCAUCAAAGCGUGGUCAACUUUGGCGAAGUGGCCUUAGGACAGCGACUCACCAGAUCGAUAUAUUUACAUAACGUUACCAGUGCCCCCAUAACGGUGAAGGUGAAAAAGAAGGAGAAGAAAGAAAAUUCCAAGAAGAGCAACGUUUUCCACCUUUUAAAGGAAGAAUUCACAAUAAAGGAAGGUUCCAAAGAGGAAAUUGUUUUCCACAUCAACGGACAGAACCAAGUUAACCAAUACACAGAAAUGAUACAAUUCAAAGCAUGCACAGAUUAUUGUAUAGAAUUAUUCUUCAUUUGUGAAAUAAAAAAUGUGAAGUUACAUUUUACGAAGGUAGUCUACCUUUUGGAAAAUCUCAAAUUGGGAGACAGCGUGACGGAAAAAAUUACCAUCAGAAAUGAUGACGACACAGAUGUUCACGUCGAAAUUGUAAACCUUGGAUAUAUAUUUAGUGCUAAGAGCACCAAUUUUGUUGUAAAAAAAAAUUCAUACCACUUUGUAAAUCUUACAUACCAUUGUAUAUACCCCGUUAAUGUGUACAAGAGAUUAUAUUUUUUGGUUCAUUUGAAUAAGAAAAUUUUUUACGUUGAUAUUAUUUGCAACUAUUCUGUUAGCUACAAAAUGUGUCCUCUUUCAAUGCACCACGUAUUUAGAAGUAAGCACUUUAUCCAUGAUAAGCAGACCUUAUACAACUCAUACUAUGACAAGAAGGACUACAUCGAUAUUUGGGACUUUCCCCUCGAGUUUGACUCCUAUGAGGAUUCUACCUACGAGAUGAUAAAUGAGAUAGUACAGGCGGACGACGGUGACCUCUUCGUAGUCCCCCAACAAUUGGAAAUCCUAGAAUCGGAAGAAAAAGACAUCAUGAUAAUAAACAAAACUCCUGUGGAGUACACCUGCGUGUGGUCCAAUGCGGUGGACCAGGGGAGAGGACAACGCAGUAUCUUUCAUAUCCACCCUGCGGAGGCUCAGCUGCCACCGUUUGGGUGCCAGACGUUUAGAGUAAAAAAUGCAAAGGCGCUGAAGGAGAAAUAUACGAGGGAAGUGUACGAAUGCAUUGUCUUCCCCUCCAACAAUAGGGACUAUAGGAAGUGUAACAGCAAAACGUUGUUGCCCCCUCGGUUCUUAUAUGUCACUCUGUUUCAGUUCAAAAUAAAGUACCUAUGUGAGACAGAGAAUGUUCUGGACAGUCUAUGUGUCUACCCCAAACAUAUUUCCUUUUUGAAUAUUAUCGAAGAGGAAAACACCUACGCCGUUAUGAGGUUUGGGAAUAGUUCGGACAUCGCACAGCUGGUUGACUUCACUCCAUUCAAGGGCGAUGUGGAAUCGAUCAGAGUCACCCCGCUAGUGAACUACGUACCUAGUAGGGGCUCCCUAAACGUCCUUAUCUUUUACUCCCCCAAGAAAGCGCAGCUAACUGAGGGUGAAAUUAAACUGCACUAUUUAGUAAAUGGCAUUGAAAAGAAGCAUAUCUCCGUUUUCGUCUCGCAUGAGAUAAACAGCGUCUUGUUCAACGGGGGGGACCUCAACAUAAACCUACCUUGCAUAAGCACCGACACGGAGAGCUCCAAAAAAGUGGCUAUCGAAAACAUGACGGAGAGAAACGUCCUCUGCAUGCUAGUUAAGGAAGAUGCAGCCUCAAUUCUGGGCAUUCAUAUAAAGGGGAAUAAUUCCCCGUUGGAAGCGCAAAGUGCAGAGGAACACACACCCCAUAGGAACGACCAAGUGGAAGAAUUAAACACAUGGCAAUUGCAAAACGGGGAGGAAGAACAAAAUGAAGGAACUAGCUCACUUACAAAUGAAGAUAAAAAAUACACCUUUUACUUCUUCUGUUUAUUGCCCUUUGAAAAAAGGAACAUCUACAUCUGUGCCUGUUCCGAUUCUACGUUAAAGAAAUCGGUGCCCCUGCUCCUCUCCUACAUGCUGUACACAAAUGAGGAAGACAUGAGGAGCAAAUUUACCUUUAUAAAGAAGAACAUGAAGGACCACAUCAAACGGUGUAAACGGUUCCUUGUGCACGUGAAUAUAAUUAAGUGCGCCCUGACGCUGCACCCCAAAGUGGUUGAAAGCGAGCCGAUCAUAGUGGGCUCGAAGUUUAAUGCGAAGAUAAAGAUUCACAACGAAAACCCCGUUAAAGUAAAUUUUAAAACAAAGACUGAAAUUGUCCAAAUAGGCAGCAGGAAAAUAUUUGAUGAAGACGAAAUUAAAGAGGCAGACAGAAACGUUGUAGUGGAAAAAAGCGAAGACGUGAUUAAUUCCUUUUCGGGCAAAUAUGCCUACGUCUCUUUUAAAACCAUCCAACAGGGCCGUUUCGUCUACCGCUUUUGCGUCAUCGUGGGAGGUAAAAGGGACGAAGAAAAUGGAAAAGGGGAGAAAUGUCAAAAUGAUAUAAGUAGCAACAUAGGCAGAAGAUCGAAGGCGCCCCAGAACCACGUCGACAUUGUACUGAAAGUGGUGAUGCCCUAUUUCCAAAUUAUCGACAUAAAUGAUUUUAAAACUCCACAAUCCAUAUACUGGAAUAUGACUUCCGCGGAUCGGAUAAAUUCCUACUUAAAGGAAGACAUCUCAACAUUAGACACAGAAUACAAGAAAAGUCAAGGAAUGGAGAACAUGAAAAAGCUUUUCAACCAGUUUGACUACAUACCAUUUAAUAUUGGAAACAACACGUUCAACGAGGUGACAAGAGUAAACUUGGUUUUAUUUAACCCACUCAAUGUGCCACUGAAGGUUCAUAUAAAUAGCAUAAAGUCGUACGUUCUUCCUGUCUUACCGCCCUACGUCAAAAAUGAGGAGGAGCAGCUGGCCCACCUCCUCUACGUAGACAACACCUACCGCAACUUCAUGAGAUGCCUGGACUGCUGCGAAAUCACCCCCACCAAUUUUGAAAUAAAAGAAAAGGGCACAAAAACCAUCACCCUAUUUUAUAAACAUAAAUAUAUUGGGCUUCAUAAUAUGCCCCUGAUAAUUGACGUGGAAAAUGGAAAAGUGCUUCCCCUCAAUUUGACUUCCCUGACAUUUCCCCCCCAAGUGCCCCCUAUAUAUUUGAUGAACGUGAAGGACCUGAAUGAACACGUCUUGGGCCUGAAAAACGAGUGCAUCAUAAACAUUGACCUCCUAAAUGAUAGCGAGUUGGAUAUCCAUUACGCCGUAGAGCGGUGCAGCCAUUUGGUGGUUUUGAAUCCCAAGGGGGUUAUCAAAAGGCGCAAGUACAUUUCCCUCUUCAUUUUGGUUUCGAGACUUUCCCCCACUAUAAUUAGCGAAACGUUGAUACUGAGGCCGCACUUUAGGCACCUAAACAGGGAUAUAGAGCUAGACAAAGUCAUGAUAGAACUCACGCUAAACAGCACAUCCGAUAAUGUGUACAAGGAUGCUCACAAAACGAUCAACGUUUUCAACAACAAAUGCAUUGGUGACCUCCCUGGACAGGGUAUCAAGACCUUCUGCUCCAACUUCGUCCCCGCCUAUUCAUACAUACACGCUCAGAAUAAACUGUUUUAUGUCUCGCCAAGCUCGAUAAAUAUUCUCUAUGCCCCGACAAACUCCAUCGUCGAACGGAUUGUCAUAAUAAAAAAUUACUCAUCAUCCAGGGACCUAAAAUUUAAAAUACCUAACAAAAACACCCUGCCAGGAAACGUUUUAAAAAUAACCCCCAACAAAGGAGUUAUCAAAAGGGAGGGGCAUAUCAUCCUCAGGUUUACCUUCAUCCUGAGUGACAUAUUGUUAGACAUCGAGGGGAACAUUCAGAUAGAGUUCAAGUACUUACAAGACCAAGUGCCCUCGCAGGGGAAGAAUGAAGAGGACGGGUUCAGCAUUGGUGAUGUCUCAGAAGAGAAAAUUGAAGAGGUCUACGAAGAUACGAGGAACAAACAGGGGCGAAUAGAAGAGUCUAAUCCUUUGCAGAUUUCCAAAGCGAAGAAGGCAACAAAAUUCGAUGAUCUAACCUUCUCCCACGCGCAAAAAAUAUUUGAGAACAUCCAGCUGUUCAAAUACACCUAUGACAAUGUCAACAGCAGCAUGCUACAAAAGGCUGUGCGGCGCCUUUACGAAGAACUUUCCAAAGGAGAAAUCCCCAAAGAAUCUAUCAAAAAGGGGAUUAAAGACUUUCCCAAGUUUUAUUUUUACAUUCACGUGAAGUUAUUCACUUGCAAUUCUGAUGACGUGGCAAUGGCAAAGAAUAAUUUUGAGAAUUUGGUUAGAACUAAUAUUUACCCCCAGCACUUGUACUUUAAAAGAUACAUCAGUCUACCCAUUCCUCUGGAGGACAAAUCGAAAAGCUUCUUUAAAAGACACUACUUCGAUUUCGACAAACUGGAAAGGCCGAUGGGGAAGAAGAGCAAUCGAGAUGGGAAGGAGAACAGGAACCUCUCUCCGGAGGAAAUUGCGUGUUAUAAGAGGGACAUUUACGCGUGCAUGUUCACCGAAAUGUUCAAAAGCAUAAUCGAGAAAGAAAUCAGGAAUCACAUUGCCAUCCUUUCGGACAUCAACGCAUGCUCCAUUCAGACAAUUGAGAGCAUUCUCAGCGAGGACAUGAUUAACGCCAUGUCAAGAACGAACAAAACUGACGCCAACUCUCAAAUGAAGAGCGACUAUUCAUUUUUGAAGCCAGCAAUUUUAUCUCACUUCUUUUCGCAUAUUUUUUCGGAUAUCAUUGGAAGCCUUAUGGGUGAUGCGAGUUUGUUUGCCAAAAAUAUGGACUGA